AUGCAUCUACCGGAAUCACCUCUACUCCUGCUCAUGCUGCUGUGGCGCAUCCUUCAAUGUGCCAGUGAAUCCACCAUUACGCACGCCUCCAAUGUUAGCAAGCGCCAACUGCAGUUUGGCGAGAGCUUUGUCUCACCCGGCUACCAACUCAAUAAUGUACCAGACAAUCAUGAGACCAAUGUGUUUAUGCAGUCAACACGCCUACUCUACGAUCCUGGCUACAAUGCACAGGAUAGCCAUGAGUUGACGAGCAGAAGUGCCAACUCUGCGGUCGCCGCUAUGAUGAACUCACAAAACGGUGAACAACAGUAUCAGCAGCGCACGCCAGAGGCGCGUAAAUUCGAUGACAUGUCUAACGCUGGUUUGGGCGUAAAUUUUGCAGCGCCUCAAACAUUUUCACACAUUUACUUUCCACAAGUCUAUUCACCAUCCUCACAGCACGGUCCUGGUCGUACAGCGCCACACGUUUUCCCAGGAGAUACCCCAGCCACAAUGGCAGCGCGUAGUAACGGUCAAUCGUAUAGCACAAGCUCAACUUAUUUCGUGCCAAUGAGCGUGCUUUACCACCCAAAUGUAGGGCCUCAUCAACAUCAGCCCCAUAUACACCCCCACCGGCAGCUGCAGGAACUGCGCCAGCAGCAACAGCAGCGGCAACAACAAACGCAGGCAUAUAAUUCACUACCGCCACCGCUGCCUCCUUUGCCGCCUCCACCACCACCAUCACCACCACCACCGCCGCCAACGCAAUAUCAGCAAUACCAGCAACAGCCAUCUCCUGAGCAACAGCAAUCCACUUCUCAACAAUCAGUCUAUCAGCGCCACUCCCAGCAGCAGCCUGCAAUUCAAAACACUUUACCGCCGCCAUUACCGCCACUGCCACGUUUGCCACCCUUGCCGCAGGGCCAGCACGCGUCACCGCCGCCACAACCACUAAACUUCCAGGCGCCCUUCCGCGCUUCACAAUUCUUGGGUUAUAUGCACGAUCAAACGCAUGGCAGCAUGCCGCAAAUAGGCGCUAAUGAGCGCGCGCCACUCUACACGGAAGCCUAUCCGAUGAUGGGAGCUGCACCAUUACAGCAGCCACUGGUAAAACCCAUAUACGAGCGCAUGCGUGAGAAUUUCAUGAACGAUGCAACACAGCAGAAUUAUGCGGGCGCAGCGACGCAGCAUGCGCGCUAUGGUCGUUACAUUUAUAUGGCGCCGAGUAAUUUGUAUGCGCUCUUCAAGGCAGCGUAG